ACCAACAAGUACUAUUUCGCCUAUGGCAGCAACCUCCACCUCGAGCAGAUGAAGCGCCGAUGCCCCGGCAGCAAGCUCAUCGGCAGUGCAAAGCUAUGGCACUACCGCUGGCAGAUCAACGAGCGUGGAUAUGCUAAUGUCAUGGAGGCUGACGGCCACUGGGUCGAAGGUCUCGUCUUUGAGAUCAACCAGCGUGAUGAGUCCCGCCUGGAUGUCAAUGAAGGUGUCUCCAAGAAUGCCUACCAGAAAUGCUACAUGACAGUCAUGCUUCGGCGUGCAGAGUCGUCUCUAUAUCGCCGCCCCGUAUCCUGGAUCGUCAAUAACGGAGGUCCAGCCCAGGCACGUCAGAUGGCAGCGGGACAGAGGAGAUCCGUCAACCACGAUCCGCACUGGGAGCAGAAUGUGCUAGUGUACAUCAGUCCUCAGUACAUCAUCGACAGCCCGCCCAAGGAGGAAUACAUAAACCGGAUCAACCUGGGCAUCGCCGAUGCUAGGGUUUUGGGUGUUGCCGAGGACUACAUCAGCAACUGUAUCCGGCCGUUUGUACCGGCAACAACUCCAAAGGAGACCACGGCGCCAAAGCCAACGGGUGCUGGGACAACAGCAGCUACACCUACCAAGCCAAAGGUUGUGAGAAAGGUUCCGAGUCCGGCGAGAAAGGCUGCCAAGCAACCCGUUCGAGAAGCCAGGAGACCUGCCGGUGUUGCUGGUGCUUCAAAGAGAACUCCAACCCCGUCACCAGCUCGAUCAGCCCCAGGAAUUAACCCGGCACGAGCUUCAAGGCCACCACAGGUUCAAUCUCAGGCAGCUCGUCGAGCCAGGAGUCAGGACCCCCCAAGAGUAGUCGUGAAUACCUCUGGACGGUCAGGACCAUCUCACAGGCGAGCACGCUCUCAUGCCUACUCGCAACCACCACCCCUUCCCCCAAGGCCACUAUCUGAGCAGGUUGCCGAGUACUACCAAGAAGCCACUCUUCGACCCCCCAUGACAACCCGUCAACGAUCUACCUCAGACGUCGGGGCACCACCACCUCUGCCGCCUCGACCUGCUCGUCGAAUGCGCAGUAUACCCGUCAUCAUUGUUCAGGAAAGUCACAGUAGUUCGUGGCGCAGAUAA